CGAGGCCCCGCCCGGCGGGGAGGAGGCCCGGCCGCGACCCGGGCCGCGCGCUGAGGAGCCGCCCGGCCGUCCGCGCGCUCCCUCCCGCAGGGACCCCAGCUAGCGGCCCCUUGACCGUCGGCCCCGGGCUUGCCGGCUGCGGGAGCGGCUUCACGAUGGACGAGGACGGCGGUGGCGAGGGCGGCGGCGUUCCUGAAGACCUUUCAUUAGAAGAAAGGGAAGAGCUUUUGGACAUUCGUCGAAGAAAAAAGGAACUUAUUGAUGACAUUGAGAGGCUGAAGUACGAAAUCGCCGAGGUGAUGACCGAGAUCGACAGCCUGACGUCUGUGGAGGAGAGCAAAACCACUCAAAGGAACAAGCAAAUCGCUAUGGGGAGAAAGAAGUUCAACAUGGAUCCCAAAAAGGGCAUUCAGUUUCUGGUGGAGAAUGACCUGCUGCAGAGUUCCCCGGAGGACGUGGCCCAGUUCCUGUACAAAGGAGAAGGCCUGAAUAAGACGGUCAUCGGGGACUACCUGGGGGAAAGGGACGAGUUUAACAUCAAGGUUCUUCAGGCUUUUGUCGAACUGCACGAGUUUGCCGACCUCAACCUCGUACAAGCAUUAAGACAGUUCUUGUGGAGCUUCCGACUGCCCGGGGAGGCGCAGAAAAUCGACCGUAUGAUGGAGGCCUUCGCCUCGCGCUACUGCCUGUGCAACCCCGGCGUCUUCCAGUCCACAGACACGUGCUACGUGCUGUCGUUUGCCAUCAUCAUGCUCAACACCAGCCUGCACAACCACAAUGUCGCGACAAGCCCACGGCCGAGCGCUUCAAUCACCAUGAACCGUGGCAUCAACGAGGGCGGCGACCUGCCCGAGGAGGCUGCUGCGG